ACAGGGAGCGGAAGAGGCCGAAGAAGCCGCAUUCUGAGCGUAAAAUGGCAGUGAGGUUACUAAAAGUUUCCUCCUUAGCAACUGCAGUAGUCACAUCUUGUGGAUUAUAUCUAUAUAAAUACAAGUACGUGGACCCAAGUGACUUCAGCAUCAUAAGAUUUGGAAGAGCAGCAAUGGCAAUUUUGAUUCCCCGUGACCUUGAAACUGGCAGCUUCAGUAAAUGGUGUGACACUAGAGGUCGCUGUCGCUCCUCUAAACCCCACAGACAAACGUCCAGACACCAGACUGCCGUUAUCAGCUGUGACUACAUAACUUCACUGAAGGAGGUGCAAAAAGGAACAGCAGAGUACUCGGCUAUCAAGUCAAAGGUUCAUUUGCGUUCCGCAGAACGCCUCAGGGAUCUGUGCUGUGCCAACAGGGGGACGUUCAUUAAGGUGGGGCAGCACCUGGGCGCGCUCGAUUAUCUGCUUCCUGAGGAAUACACCAGUACCUUGAAAGUCCUGCACAGCAGGGCACCGCAGAGCAGUCUCCAGGAGAUAGAGCAAGUCAUUAGAGAGGAGCUAGGCAAAGAGAUUAGUCAGCUAUUUGCAAGUUUUGAGGAGCACCCACAGGGAGCAGCAUCACUAGCCCAGGUACACAAGGCAGUGUUGCAUGAUGGGAGGACAGUAGCAGUGAAAGUUCAACACCCUAAAGUUCAAGUGCAGAGCUCCAAAGACAUCCUGGUCAUGCAGUUUUUACUCCAGGCUGUGAAAUGGCUGUUUCCUGACUUUGGUUUCAUGUGGCUUGUUGAAGAAGCCAAAAAGAAUUUGCCUCUAGAGCUAGACUUCAUGAACGAAGGGAGAAAUGCUGAAAAAAUGUCUGAGAUGCUCAAGGAUUUUAAAUUUUUGAAGGUACCUAAAAUUCACUGGGAUCUGUCUACAAAGCGAAUUCUCAUGAUGGAAUUUGUGGAAGGGGGCCAAGUUAAUGACAGGCAGUACAUGAUACAAAAUGGUAUUGAUGUCAAUGAGGUUUCACGAAAUUUGGGGAAGAUGUACAGCGAGAUGAUUUUUGUUCACGGAUUUGUACACUGUGAUCCUCAUCCAGGCAAUGUGUUAGUAAGGAAAUGCCCUAAGAGCAAGAAGCCUGAAAUUAUACUGCUUGAUCACGGAUUAUAUCAGGUCCUGAGUGACAAGUUUCGGCUACAUUACUCUCGUCUAUGGCUGUCUCUGAUUAGGGCGGACAUGAAAGGUGUUGAGAAGUAUAGUCGCUUACUAGGAGCCGGGGAUCUCUAUCCACUAUUUGCCUGCAUGUUAACAGCAAGAUCCUGGACCGCAGUCAACAGUGGAAUCGAUCAGACGCCUGUAACACAAAAAGAGGACGUGGAAAUUCGAACAAAUGCUGCCCAGUAUCUUCCUCAGAUUAGCACCCUCCUGAAUAAGGUCCCUCGUCAAAUGCUGCUACUUUUCAAGACGAAUGACCUUCUGCGUGGCAUUGAAACAACACUGCAGACACGGGCCAAUGCAAGCUCUUUUAUCAAUAUGUCUCGCUGCUGCAUCAGGGCUGUGGCCAGACAUGAGAAGAACAAUUCUCGGACUCGCUUUAAGAAAAUGCAGAUUUCUUUUUCCGAAGUGUUUGCCCUCUGGCAAAUUAAUUUAUAUGAACUCCUUCUGUGGAUUAAAGGGUCAAAGCUGGGCGAUUGGAUUGUAUGCAUUCUGAGUCAAAUUCGCUGGAAACAAUGAGCUGGAAUCUACAAAUUGUUUUGAUCUCAUUUAGACAAAUCAUGAGGAUUUGACCACACAUUUUAUUCUUUUUUUUUUUGUGGGUUGUGGGUGGGUAGGACUGCUGGAUUCUAAUAAAUGUUCAUGUAAUAAGAUAUAAAAUGAUGUUAAUGGUUGCAAAUUGUUAUUUUGUUAAACACCUUAGGCAUUUUUAGAAUUCAAGAAAGCAAGUCGCAGCCAUUGGUUUGAGAAUCUAUGUACAAAAUAUACCACAUUUUAAAGGGUGUGAACCGGUACAUGUUUCUUGUAUAAUGUUUGAAUGUUGAGAAUGUUGUUAAAAUUGAGCACAGGAAUUACUUUUCACAGAUUUUAGAGCUGCUGUAACACAGCCCUAGGGUACCUGGGUUUGAUUGUGUAAUUUACAAGUCACCCUGCCCCAUGUUCACAUGAUGUUUCUUGUGCUAAGUCAUUUGCCUUCCACAUCCCCAAGACAUUAAUGCUAAACUGCCAGCUCUGAACAGACCCGCCGUAUGAUUUUGCCUUGUGAUAUAGACUGAGGUCCUGUCCGGAGCCGCUUCCUGCCUUGCACUUGAUAAUGAUGUAAUAGUCUCCUAGAAACUGUAUAUUAGAAGAAACUAGUCCAGAAAAUGCAUAGAUGUUUUCAUUUGUACAUCUUGUUAAUCUUGUUUAUAAGCUAUUCAUGGUAUUUUGAUAAACAAAUUUACCUGCUAAAGUCAAGUGACAAAAUUACACCUUUUCUGUUAGCAGCAAGACAAGCAGGCAGUGUCUUAGAAGCACCAGGAAAUUAAUCUUAGUCAUACAGGCCAAAACCAGACAGCAACUAUGGGGAAGGCAACUCAUGGUCAGAAACAAGAUAAGGACUCAUAAACUAAGCAAGGACACUUCAGAAAUUAGUGUAAAAGAACUUUUAAUAUACACCAGUGUAGAUAGUGGAUAAGUGAGGCCAGUUUGUAAAGUGUUGCAUUGACAACACAAUCCUGCAUGACUUCUGGUGAUACUUCACCGUUUUGUGCUAGCAACUGAACAAAUUGUCAAUGUCCAUAAAAAACGAAAUGGCAUUACGGUAAAAAAAGUUCUGUCUUUAGAGUAAGGCUUCCAUUAGGCAGAGAUUGACUGGCAUGGCAGACAUGGAUUUUACCCACAGAAUAUGUCAAGAAAAAUGUAUUACAUUCAGGAAAAAGUUUUAAAGUACAGUAAUCCCUCGCUAUAUCGCGCUUCGACUUUC